AUGGUUGCUUCUCGAUAUCCUCAUUGGAUGUUGGCUAUGGACGAUGAGUAUAAUGCUCUCAUGCGUAAUAACACAUGGACACUAGUUCCAGCAUCUCCUUCGAUGAACGUUAUAGGUUGUAAAUGGGUGUUUAAAGUGAAACGUAAACCGGAUGGGUCCAUUGAUUGUUACAAAGCAAGUCUUGUGGCCAAGAGCCACUCUGAUGCUUCUCUAAUUUACUCACACUCCCCAGUUGGCUCCAUCUUCAUUCUUAUAUAUGUUGAUGACAUUAUAGGCACUGACUCAACAAUAAAUUGCACAAUUGUUCAUGAAUACAAGUUUAUUGUUGCUUGUCUUAACAUGUUAUUAUCUUUUACAAGUGUUGUUGCCAGAAAAAUCAAGCAAACAAGGCAGAUUCUGUAA